AUGGUUGAUAAAUACGAUAUUUCGCGGAAUCCAAGUGAUUUACCAGGUUCACUUGGCAUCUCUAAUGUUCGUGCUGGCGCAUCACGUCAAUAUUUCCUUAGUUUUGACGACGCACGUGCUCAACAGGAAAGUGCACAUCGACAAUUAACUGCGUAUGUCUGGAAGCAACCAACGAGUGAAGAAAAGCACAAUGAAAAUGAAGUUGAGGAUGUUUUCUCAACAGAAAUCGAUGCGGAAGUAUAUGAACGGUAUGCUAUUGAAAAUUUUUUACCAGGUGGUUGGUCAAAAGGAGCUGGUCUAAGAGAUGCGCUGAAAGAUGUCACGGAUAGCCAUUGUACUGAAUUUUAUGAGAAAGCAGUGAAUAUGUUAGAAAAACGUACAAACUACGAACUAGCAUUGAUUUACAUUAACAAAUGUCUUUUGUUAAAGCCAUAUCAUAUUGUACUUUACGAAAUUCGUUCUGAAAUCUAUUUGAAUCUAUGUGAUUUCCAAAGUUCAAUUUUAAGUUUACAAAAGGGAGUUUCGUAUCAACAUGCGAUAAACAAAAAAGAACAAUUAGCACGUGAGAAAUAUCAACAGCAACAUCCUGAAGAAGUAACAAUGCAUCAACAAGUACCAGCGGUUUCUAAAGAAGAAAAAAUGAAGAACGAUAAAAUUGCAUUUCUACGUUACAUGUCGGGAAUUUCAUUAUUUGACCAAAAACUUUAUAUUGAUGCGUUAAGUAUCAUUGCUACCGGUGCUGACAUAUUCAGUACUUUUCCAUUUCAAGUCUACAGGUAG